AUAACCCUGAACUUUAGUCUGAUUGAAUAAAGUGAAUAAAAUAUUACCUUAAUUAAAUAGCCGUUUAAGUACGUUGAGUUUUAGACAGAUUUCUGAGUCAAAAAAAAAAAAAUGUUUGUUAUUGGAAUAUUUAUACAUUUGGUGUUUUUGUUUUCGAUAUUUGACAUAUAUUUUAAAUCGCCAAUUGUAAAUAAUGCCAACAUGUAUCAACCACUCCACGAGGCACCUGCUGAUCGCUUAGUUCUGUUUGUUGUUGAUGGAUUAAGGGCGGAAUCAUUUGUAAAUUACUCUACUAUGCCAUACCUCAGAUCUGUGGCAAAUAAUCAUGGCAGGUGGGGUAUUUCACAGACCAGAGUACCAACAGAAUCUAGGCCGGGUCAUGUGGCCAUAAUUGCAGGAUUUUAUGAAGAUCCAUCAGCUAUAGCAAAAGGCUGGAAAGAAAACCCAGUAGACUUUGACUCUGUUUUCAAUCAAAGUGAAUACACAUGGUGCUGGGGGACAUAUGAUAUUGUGGAUAUAUUCACAAAGGGUGCUGUGAAAAAUAAUAUUUUUAUUGAGAAAUUUGACCCAUAUGAGCAAUCUUUUAGUUCAGAUAAAAAUACGACAUUGCUAGAUGACUGGGUCUUUAAAAGAGUCAAAAACUUUUUUCACAAAGCAAAUUAUGAUGACAACCUUAGAGAAAAGUUAGGAAGUAGAAAAAUCGUUUUUUUCCUACAUCUGUUAGGGACUGAUACAUCCGGUCAUACUCAUAAACCCAGAACAAAAAACUUUUUAACAACUAUAAAGUUUGUUGAUGAAAAUAUCAAAGAAAUUGAAAAAAUUAUAAAAGACUUUUACAAUGAUGAUGGUAAGACUACAUUUUUGAUGACCUCUGACCAUGGCAUGACUGACUGGGGUUCACAUGGGACAGGUGAUGAUGAUGAAACUAAGACUCCUUAUGUGUUGUGGGGAGCAGGAGUACAGACAAUACAAGACAAUGUGAACCAACUAGAUCCUGAAACAAAUUCAAUGUCCUUUGGGAACCGAUAUGACAUAAAUCAAGCAGAUUUAACACCCCUGAUGGCAACUUUUCUUUCUAUACCUGUACCCGUGAAUUCAAUUGGUCAGUUACCAAUUGGAUUGCUUGAAAUGUCACUGCCAAACAAAGCUAAAGCAAUUUACAGUAAUUGCAGACAAAUGAUAUCACAAUAUAAUAAAAAGAGAUUAGAUGUUGAAGCCAGAGUAAUUUCAAUACUGUAUCAACCUUUCGAACCAUUUGAUGGAAAGAAAGUUCGCGAGAUUAUUAGCAUUACAGAAAAAUUAUUAGAGGAUGAGAAAUAUGAUAAAGUUAUUAAACUUAGUGAAGAAAUAAUACACUUGAGUCUAAGUGGUCUUACGUAUUAUCAUAAUUACUACCAAAAACCAUUACUUAUUACAGUAACUCUUUCAUUUAUAGGCUGGAUAUUGUGCCUUUUUAGGGUUUUAGUUAAACAAAAAAUGUUUGCCCAGAUAGAAAUGCCAAGAAAUAAAAGUCAUAGUUUAGUAAAUACAACUAAAACUAUAGAUGUAGCUAUGAAAGUAUUUUCUGCAAUUGUAAUGAUGGUGCUAUCUCUUAUGAUAUAUGUUCAAAGUUUACCAGUUCAGUAUUAUAUUUACUUCUUGAUGCCAAUAUUUUUAUGGUUGUAUGCUUUAACACCUAUCAAUCUAUGGAUCCAGACUCUGAACGUAUUGAAAAACAAGAGAAGAAUAUUUUUGUUGGGCAUAGAAAUACUCUGUUAUACUUUAGGAUCUAUUGCUUUGGGCUUAGCGCUAACACACAGAUGGGUGUUGAGUAUUCCGCUGUUGGGCAUGAGUUUGUGGCCGUUUUUCUCAGCGUCAAUACAAAAUUUGCCAAAGUCGGUGUGCAUUGCGUGGCCUGUCGGAUGUGUUUCACUCAGUAUUUUUUCAUUCAUGUCUGUUAUAGGAAAAAAUACUUGUAUUGAAUUAGUUAUUGCUGCUGGAAUAAUUUGGUUAUUGAUACACAGUUUAUACAUCUGGAAAGCUUUGUUGCCAAAUAGUGAAGAUCAAGAUGUAACGAGAGAGUUGAUUAUAAGUGUUAUUCAGAUAUUUACUUUAGCAGUAUCUCUUCAAAUUAUACAUUUGCAAUCAAAAUGGUUUGGAGAAAAUUUACCUAUUUCUCAAAGUCUUCAAUCUGUGUGUUGGAUUAUAUCAGUCUCGCUUCCACUGAUACCACUAUUGUACACGAAAAAGUUUAUAAAUCGCCUCUUGGGAAUAAACACAGCAAUUCUCAACUUUUAUCUUCUAUUAUCUGUUGCACAUGAAGGAUUGUUUAUGGUUACUUUGAUAUUAAAUGUGAAUUGCUGGAUGUUUAUUGAGAGUAAACUUAUUAAUUCAGGAAAUGUUCAGGGGAUACAGUGUGAAAAGGAAAAUCACAUAUUUUAUCAUUGGUGGUGCUAACUCGAAUCUACUGUUGUAAUGCGUUGUAAUCAAAUCUAUAAGCUAAACUAAAUUUAAGGUCUAUCCUUUAAUGAACCGAUGUAAAAAGGACAGCACUACUUCAGUGAAUACACAGCGUGUAUUUACAAGUGGCGAGGGUAUUAGAGCAAAAUAUGAGUAUUUUGGAUUUAGCUAAUAAAUUUACUAAAAUUUUCAAUUAAUUUUUAUACUGAAAUAAACCAAAAUCAUUGAUAAAUGAUCAAAUUGUACCAUUAUAUCGUCUGUCAUAAUAUUGUCUCCGCUAACGAUUUAAAUUACUUGGUUACCUCGCUUACACUUUUAUAUAUUUUAGUAUUAUGUACUUUUGUGCAUAAUUACUUAUCGACUGAAAUAAAGCAAAUUGUAUAAUAUUUUUUGCAUUUUUGUAUGAAAGCUUUAAACUCGAAAAAUCUUCCUUUGAUUUUGUAGCCCAAUUCUUGAGGAAAGGUACAUCCUAUUUAGCAUCACGCUACCUUUGCCUCCCGAGAAAUCCGAGUAUUGCCGGCGUGCCGGCGAUAUUGGCCGGCACUUUAACAAUAGAAUGAUGCGGGGUUGAUGAAACAGUGUCAGGUCAGGAACAAAAAUAUAGUUUCAAAAGAAGGUUAAAUGUUUUAGUGAAAGGACAAAGCAGUGGUGGAAGACUAAAGAAGAAAUAGAUGUAAAAAUAAAUCGUAUCACAAUCCCAUCUUCAAUUUUGGUCCAUAAUAGUCGGAAAUCGGAACACAAGCGAACAAUACAUCUACUGUUUGUAUAAACAUUUC